AUGUCAGCAGCUACUGUAUUGCAUCAGAUUGUAGAAUACUGUCUGAUCGCCGUAGUGUAUGAUGCAAUCAUUACAUCAGCAGUUACAGUAUUUCAUCAGCUUUUGAUUCGACGGCCGUUGGAGAUGGAUGUGACACCUAGGAAAUGUACGAAGAUUGUAACUCUGCAUGAACACUCAGCUAAGACAUAUCGAGAGAUUGCUUCAGUGGUUGGUGUGAGUUUAGCAACUGUCAGCCGUGUUAUCAAGCUGAAGCAGCAAACCGGAUCAGUUUCUCCUAAACGUAAAGGAAAGUGUGGUCGUAAGAAGAAAACAACUCCUAGAGAUGACGCUUUCUUGCUUUGA